UAUACUGGGGAAGAAAACAAUUAUGAUAUUAAUAUGAGUACUAAUACUAAUAAUGAUAUUCCAAUUAGUAGUAAAAAUGAUGUAUACAGUGGUACUGACCUAAUUAAUGAUUCAUUAAAUAGUGGUAAUCAACCUAUUGAUAUAUAUGAUGAAGUGCUAAAAAGAAAAGAAAAUGAAUUAUUUGGAACAAAUCAUCCUAAAAAUACAUCAAACAAUAGUGUAGCUAAAUUAACAAAUAGUGAUCCUGUAAUGAACCAAUUAUAUUUGUUCAACAAAUGGUUAGAUAGACAUAGAGAUAUGUGUGAGAAGUGGGAAAAAGAUAAUAAGGAAGAAUUGUUAGAUAAAUUGAAAGAAGAAUGGAAUAAAGAUAAUGAUGGGGGUGAUAUUUACACUAGUAAUGGUAACAAAACAUUGAAUACAAAUGUUUCGAUCGAAAUAGAUAUGGAUAAUCCUAAACCUAUACAUCAAUUUAGUAAUAUGGAUAGUAACGUCGACACACCUACUAUGGAUACUAUGGAAGAUGAUAUAUAUUAUGAUGUGAAUGAUGAUGAAAACCCAUCUGUGGAUGAUAUAUCUAU